AUGGCGAGUAACGUUGAGGCUUGGGUCCUGUUGUCCUUGGCUCUGUUUACUAUCAUCGUGCGCAUAUUUGUACGAUGGAAACUCGUCGGCCCGGCUCGUUUCCAGCUCGAUGACUACCUGAUGCCGCUGGCAGGUGUCUUCUUCAUUCUGGAGACGGUGGCUGCCUACCUUGUCGUCGCCGAAUUUCAAGGCUUGACCAACAGCUACAUGUCCACCGAGGAGCGGGCAAAAGCUGAUCCCCACUCCAAGGAGUGGUCUAACCGAGUUGCCGGCUCGAAGAUCCAGAUCAUUGGAUGGUCGUUUUAUGUGGUUAUCCUGUGGCUGGUCAAGUUCAGCUUGGCGGUUUUCUACUCUCGUUUGACAACUGGUCUCCAGAAUCUCCCCAACCGGGUCCGACUGGCCUACAUCAUUCUCGGCAUUACAUACAUCGCGACCCAACUCUCUCUUUUGCUGUCAUGCCAACCCUUCCAUGCAUUCUGGCAGAUCAAUCCUGACCCUGGCCAAUUGUGCCAGCCCACAAACUCCCCGGUAUAUGUCCUUGUUGUUGUGAUCCUCAACAUCAUUACCGAUGUCUAUCUUUUGUCAAUUCCACUGCCCCUGCUAUGGAGAGUCAACAUUAGUCUAAAGCGAAAGAUUCCUCUCAUGGCUCUUUUCUCUGGUGCUGCAUUUGUUAUUACUGCUUCGAUCAUUCGAGCAGCCACCAUCAUGAGCUCAGGACCCGACGGCGCUGCAGCCGGAUCUAAAUGGGCCUGCCGUGAGACCUUCGUCUCAAUCGUCGUCUCCAACCUACCUAUCAUCCAACCCCUCAUCCGCAAGGGCUUCAAGAAAAUCGGUCUCUCCCAGCUUCUCAGUUCCUCAAAUAAGACAUCUGGACAGCAAUCAUACCCGCUGUCCAGCCGUCUGCAAAAUCUGACAAACCGCGGCGACCGCGAAACAAAGAAGAGCAAAAUGAAUGCGGCCGGUCCGUCCCAUUUGCAGACUUCUGCUUGGGGAAGUGACGAACAUAUCCUGACUGAGCCUGAGCCGAACUCGAAGGAUAUUACCGUUGUCUCGGAGACUGUUAUUCAAAGUGAACAGUGGACUUUUGAUGAGUCGGCUCAGGCUCAUUCGACGACACCUCCGAAGGAGUGGAAGAGUUCUCUUUCGGAGCGGUAA